AUGGGAGCGCAGCGCUGGAGGGGUCUCCCACCCGGGAAUCUUUCCGACUGUCCCAACGGCUCCCGUUGGGUGAUGGAUGUGUUCAACGAAUGUGCCCAGGACGGCCGGGACAUCGCCAGCGUCAUCCUGGGUCUGGUUUCCAUCUUCUGCUUCGCAGCUGCGUCUUUUCCGCAGUUUUACCAAGCCUGCAAAACGGGCAUCAUGGACCGGGCUCUCUCCAUAUAUUUCCUGCUGGGAUGGCUGAGCGGGGACCUCCUAAACCUCAUCGGUUCCUUCCUGGCUGAUCAGUUGCCACUGCAGGUUUACACAGCUGUUUACUACGUGCUCGCAGACCUGGUGAUGCUGUCUCUCUACUGCUACUACAAAGUGAAGAACCGGGGUGGAGGAUUCGCCGCCCCGAUCAACGCUGCCUUUGUCUUCCUUUCCUUGGGCAUGGUGUCGACCAUCUCGUUCCUGGGCAGAGGUGCUGCCGUGGCGCAGGACCUGGCGACGUUUAAAGGGAGGUCCCUGCUGUCUGCUCACGUGGGUGAGCCCAGGUUGGAGCCUUUCACCAGGAGCGAGAUCGUUGGCUUCACCAUCGGCUCCGUCUCCUCCGUGCUCUACCUGUGCUCCCGAGUCCCCCAGAUCUACACGAACUACAAGAGGAAAUCCACCGUCGGGGUCUCCUACUCCCUCUUUGCCCUGGUGAUGCUGGGGAACUCGCUCUACGGCCUCAGCGUCCUCCUGAAGAACCCUGAGCCGGGGCAAGGCGAAGGCAACUACGUCCUGAAACACCUGCCCUGGCUGGUGGGCAGCCUGGGCGUCCUUUCCCUCGACGUGGUCAUCUCCUUCCAGUUCCUUGCGUAUCGGAGAGGAAGACCCAGCACCCACGAGGAGAGGGAUGCUCUUCUCGCUGAGCAGGGUGACAGCUUGGAGAGCUGA